AUGGAUUCCCUAUGGACAGGCUCUCAAGAAAACAUCGCCGAAUUCGCAUCCAACCCAAACUUUCGACACAUUUUGUGCGAUGUGAGAGAGCCGCUCCCGGAUGUGGAGGACCUUGAACAAAUUUAUCAUCUGGCCUGCCCUGCCAGCCCGGAUGAUUUUGAGAGAGCACCGAUCGAAAUUCUUGAGACGUGCUUCCUGGGAACUAGAAAUGUUCUUGAACUAGCCACCGUGCGCCGGGCAAGAGUGUUACUUGCCAGUACUUCCGAGGUAUACGGAGACCCCGAGAUUUCCGUUCUGCCUGAAUCGUAUCGUGGGAAUGUAAACAGCUUCGGCCCUCGGUCGUGUUAUGACGAAGGGAAAAGGACUCUUGAGGCUUUGGCGUUUUCGUACCGACUGAAGAACAACGUGGAGACCCGUAUCGCCCGGAUUUUCAACGCCUAUGGGCCGUACAUGGCUGCUAAGGAUGGAAGAGCAGUUCCCAAUUUCAUUGGCGCAGCCAUGGAUGGCCAGCCUGUGAAGAUCUACGGUGAUGGUAGCGCUACGCGGUGCUUCCAAUAUGCGACGGAUUGUGUGGAGGGCUUGUAUGCACUCAUGAACAGCGAUUAUGACAAGCCAGUUAAUAUCGGAAGCGAUCUAGAAAUGACGGUAUCUGAUAUCGCCAACAAGGUUACCAGAGUUGUAGCGGAAAAGCUCGGUCAAAAAGCGACAGUCGCGGUUCAAUACCUACCCAAGAGGGUUGAUGACCCUACCAGGAGAAAACCAGACAUCACACUUGCUAGAGAAGUGUUGGGAUGGAGCCCCAAGGUGUCAUUGGAUGAUGGAAUUGCACAAACUGUCGAUUGGUUUCUAGAGAAACAUGGAAACCCCAAGUCUCUAAUGUAG